CCCCGGGUGGAACUGGCCUGGGCCAUGAAGGCUCAUCAGCACGCACAGGUUUACUUCAACCUCAUCUCCUCCGUGGACCCCAAAUUCCUGCACCUCACCAAAGUGGACGACCAGAUCUACGACGAGUUCAGGAAGACCUUCAGGGACCUUAAAAUCGACGUGCUGGACCCGGAGGAGCUGAAAUCAGAGCCUGCCAAGGAGAAGUGGCGCCCAUUCUGCCUCCGCUUCGAGGGGGUGGUGGAGGACUUCAACUACGGCACGUUGCUGCGCCUGGACUGCCGCGGCGAGUACACCGAGGAGAACACCAUCUUCGCCACCAGAAUCCAAUUUUUCGCCAUCGAAAUCGCCCGGAACAGGGAGGGGUGGAACAAUGUGGUGUACAGCAGUGCCAAAGAGCCAGUGGCCACCGAGGGGGGCACGUUGGCAUGA